UCAUUUAAGGAGAAGACACACAACAAUACACACACACAAACAAGUGUGUUUUAGUUGCUCAUAUGAACGCUUUUCCAUUUUCUGCACGCUUGAGCACUUUGUUUUCGCUGCCGUUCUCGUUUGAUGCGGUGCACGAGAUCCUCGCACCAACGGUUUUUUUUUUAAUUACACGCGGAGAGCGAAGAAGGGAACAAACUAAAGGAAGUUAUUAUUGAAGAACACGCCGUUAGAAACGGACACACCAUCCAGAAGAAGGAAGAAAAUAGAAAGGAGGAGGAGAUUGACUAAGAAGCGCACAAAUGGUCUUUCUUUGGGACGCCAAAUACGACCCUUGCCCUGGUCGGCGCUACACUCCCCCAUCCACUACCCUCGCCUCGGGAGGAAAGAUGGCUGAGGCCCUGGGUGCCCAGGAGGCUGGAGGCGGAGCGUCUCUAGUGGGCAAGUUGCGCAUGGCUGACCGUGACAUGGUGCUGUCAGAUCAUCCGGGAGAGCUUGUGAAGACAGACAGUCCCAACUUCCUGUGUUCAGUGUUGCCCACACACUGGAGGUGCAACAAAACCCUGCCUAUUGCUUUUAAGGUAGUUGCCCUUGGUGAGGUUCCGGACGGCACCAUGGUGACAGUGAUGGCAGGAAAUGACGAGAACUACUCAGCAGAGCUGCGCAAUGCCUCGGCAGCAAUUAAAAACCAAGUAGCCCGAUUCAACGACCUACGAUUCGUCGGUCGCAGUGGGAGGGGCAAGAGUUUCACCCUGACCAUCACUGUGUUCACAAACCCCUCUCAGGUAGCAACAUACCAGAGAGCAAUCAAAAUCACAGUGGAUGGGCCCAGAGAGCCACGACGUCACCGCCAGAAGAUUGAUGACAUCAAGCCCGGGUCUUUGGCCUUUUCUGAAAGGCUCACAGAGCUGGAACAACUGAGGCGGAGCUCCAUGAGAGUGACUCCCCCACACCACCACCAUCCGCAUCCUCACCAUCAUCCUCACCAUCACCAUCAGUCGUCCGGUUGUAACACGCGGCAGUCGACGGCAGCGGCCGCGUUGCAUUCGGCCUCGUUCUCCAGUCCCACGCACACACAGAUAGCAAAUGAAGGGCGACAGAUGCAGUCAUCUCCAUCGUGGUCCUACGAACAGUCUUAUCCUUAUCUUGGCCAGAUAGCCACACCUAGCAUCCACUCAACCAAUCCCCUUUCACCAAGUCGCUCAUCACUAGGGGACCUGUCCUCGCGUCUAUCCGGUCCAGACCUGACUGCAUUUGGUGACCCAAGGGUGACUUUGGAACGAUCUUUCACCUCUGUCCCGUCCUUGCCAGACACCCGCUUCUCAGACCCGCGUGUGCAUUACCCUCCCACGGCAGCUGCCUUUACCUACACGCCCCCACACAAUCCCGUCUCCAACGGUGCCCUUGGCAUUAGCAUGGCGACGGCUAUGGCGACAACACCUGCCGGGAGGUAUCACACUUACCUUCCGUCUCCAUACCCGUCAAAUUCUCCUCACCAGACCCAAAACAGGCCAUUCCAGUCCACCUCCUCGCCAUAUCACGUGUACUACUCUACAGCUGCGGGCUCAUACCAGUUCUCCAUGAUGGCCGGGGGAGGCAGUGGGGGUGAUUCGCGUUCCCCGCCAAGAAUUCUACCACCUUGCACUAAUGCCUCGACAGGUUCCCCGCUUCUGCACCCAUCUUUGCCCAAUCAGAACGAAGGGGUGGCAGUGGAAGUGGAGUCCAGCCACAGUAGCUCCCCGGCAAAUGUGGAAGCUGUCUGGAGACCUUACUGACAGGAAUCAACGGACAUUUUCAUUCAAUUUAAUGUAGCACAGCACUAUCAUAGUAGGUUUUGAUGAUUCAAUGACUUUCAGUUCUACCAGUUUUCCCAACUAUCAGAUCAAAGAUGUCUGAAAUAUAAGGUCAUACUUGUACAGUUUUACUUUCCAGCUGAUUUUAAAGGAAAUUAUUUUAUUACACUGUUAGAAUGAUUUACGAGUUGAAUUUGUUUACUGAAAUACACAUAAAGUACAGUGUAAUUCAAAUCACACGUAUUGCAAAUCAACAUUUUCCCUUGAAAUAAAAGGAAAUGUCAUGCAUCUGUCCCACUAAGAAAACAACAGUUGUUUUUUCCAUGAAAAAAAUAACAAUCUUCAUUAUUACGGCUUAAAACUACGUAUUCAAAUGUUUUCGCGUUUCUCCCCUUUUAAAUGCUUCAUAUUUUCCCUGGUGGAGCUUGGAAAACAUUUUAAUGCUGACUUUAUAGCCUUUAUCAAGUCAAGCUUUUCUAUGCAUUUCUUUAUUUACAGGUUCCGAUACAGAGUCACUUAAAAGUCAGUAUGCAAAACUUAAAAGGAUUAAAUCAAUGAACAUCAUCUGCCCUUUGUCAACACUAUCUUUCUUAGGACCUUAGGUGAGAAAUGGGAAAUAAGGCACAAAAUAUCAAAUAUGCAAGCACAAAACAAGUUGUCUGUACUUUCAAUUUUAAAAUAAACGGUGACAUUACAUUGAUAGUGAGGGGCUUUGAUAUAGUGGCAAAGGUUUUUUUUUGUGCAACACAAAGCAAAAUGGGGACCAAUGACAGCUCUUAUCCUGAAUGUGUUAUAAAUUGGGGCACUAAUAAAAUUAGGUACCACCGUAAUGGUUACACUGGGUUAGACAAAUAUUCUUUAUGCGUCUGUAUGAGCGUUUUUUUCCCCCUACUGAUUAGUGAAAAUUUUUAAUCACUGAUUGUUAAAAUGAUGUCCAUUUCUCUUGUCCAGGUCAGGUUAUAUUUCCUUAAUCCCAUGAUAAUCCAUAAACUCCAGGCAUAGAGGCCGGCCGUUGGGGAUUUGAAGGCAUGCUAAUCCCUACAAUUUUACGACUGUUGAUUUCAUUUCUUUCACAGAAGGGACUCACACAAGUGGGGCAACCCCCAGGUUUAGAACCCUUGAUAUUAAGAUAAAAUGCUAUAAGGCCAAAAUGCCCUUUUUGUAAACAAUAAUGUAAACAACUAUAAUAGCAACAUGUUUCCAUAGAUCAAAAUGUUGACCUUAUUGAGCAAAACAAAUGGAUGUUUGGAUUUACCACAUCAAAAUUCCCCUUAAUCAGCCAAAAUGUUGCUGUUCUUCAUCUAGCUGUAAAGCACGGUGUUUGAGUGGUAACUACAUCUCCCUCAUUGCAUUGAGACAAGGCUUGAAUCUUACAUCAGGCCCUAUUUGUUUAAAGUUUGCAUGUUCUCCACCUGCUAGUGUGGGUUUUUUCGGAUAUUCUACCUCUCUCCACCAUUUGAAAACAAUCAAACAAGCAACACAAAAAAAACCAUGCAUGUUUGGUUAAUCUCAAACACUAAUGUUUGUGUAUAACUCACCAAAAAAAAUGUACUGUUUUGUUACAAAUAACACUAUGUUGUAAAAAUU